AUGUAUGUGCGUGUAUUUCAAUUUCAGGUAUUAUUUUUUUAAAGAAAAAUGUACAUCACUAAUACAGUUAUACAAAUGCAAUCUUAUUCUUAUCAAGUACAGUGGGAUAAUGAUAUAAAAGAUUAGUAAAGAUGGUUCAUUUACUCACUUCAACUUUUUCCCAUAAAUAUACUUGAAAUUCAGGCCAUAUAUCAAAUGAUACCUUCUGCCUAAGCUACAAAAAUGGAAAGGGAUAACUACGUCUAUCUGUCAUGGCAAGACUUACCAAUAUUUCUCUCACUUAUUACUCUUCUUCUUUCUUUUAUGUUCCUGAUUCGCAAAAGCUUUUUCCGCACAAAACCGGUCAACUUACCACCAUCUCCGCCGAGAUUGCCCAUAAUUGGUAACCUUCACCAGAUCGGAGAACACGUUGACCGUUCCCUUAGAGACCUCUCUCAAAAGUACGGCCCACUUAUGCUCUUACACUUUGGCAGCGUCCCGACUGUGGUCGUUUCGUCUCCAGACAUGGUAAAAGAAAUCGCCAAAAACCAUGACGUUGUUUUCUCUGACCGGUUCAAUACUAGAGCUUCAGACGUCCUUUUCUACGGUGGAAAAGACAUCGUCUUCGCUUCUUACGGCAACAACUGGCGUCAAGCUAGGAAGCUCUGCGUCCAGGAAAUGCUAAGCUCCAAAAGGGUUCUCUCCUUCCAAUCAAUACGAGAAGAAGAAGUGUCAUCGUUGGUGAGUAAAAUACGCCAAGUUUGUCUUAACGGCGACGAUGGUGUCGUUAACAUGUGCGAGAUGCUUAUAAGGACAUCGAACAACAUAAUGUCGAGGUGUAUACUCGGACGACGUUACAGUUGUCACGAAGAAGAAGAAGAAGGAAAAGGUAAUAAUAAGAUGAUCUUUUGUGAGACACUGAUGAAAAAAGUUAUAGCGCAACUUACAGCGUUCAGCGUUGGAGAUUUCUUCCCUUGUUUUGAAUGGGUGGAGGAAGUUUGUGGGUUUAUGAGAAACUUGAAAUCCAGUUUGGGUGAAUUGGAUAACUUUUACAAUCAAGUAUUUGAAGAGCGGAAAGCUAUGAAAUCAAGUGAGAAUGGCGUUAAAGACUUUGUGGAUAUACUUCUACAACUCCAAAAGGAUAAUAUGUUUAAUAUGGAUCUCACUGAUGAGCGCUUGAAAGCUAUCGUACAGGAUAUGUUUUUUGGAGGAAUAGAAACUACUUCAACAACAUCAGAGUGGAUAAUGGCAGAAUUAAUGAGAAAUCCAAGAGUAAUGAAGAAAACACAAGAAGAAGUGAGAAGAAUAAUGGUAGACAAGGGAAGAGUGGAUAUUAAUGAGUUAGACAAGUUGGAUUACUUCAAAUGUGUUGUGAAAGAGACUCUAAGGUUACACCCACCAGUUCCUCUUCUUGUGCCUCGCAAAACAACAGAGGUUGUUCAAAUUGGCGGUGGCCGAUAUACAAUUCCUGCGGGAACAAAAGUGAUAAUAAAUGCAUGGGCCAUUCAAAGAGACCCAAACUCGUGGGACCAACCAGACGAGUUCAUACCAGAGAGAUUCGAGAAUAGCCCUGUAGAUUAUUACAAAGGGGGCCAAGAGUACUUCCAGUUUAUACCAUUUGGUUUUGGUAGAAGAAGAUGCCCUGGGAUCAUGUUUGGAACUGUAGCAGUUGAGUAUUUGAUGGCUAAUCUCUUGUAUUGGUUUGAUUGGAAACUAAACACAAAUGAAGUCGACAUGAGUGAAGUUUAUGGGAUCACUGUUGGUCUAAAAGUUCCUCUUUUUCUUAAACCGAUACCCUACACGCCUUAAUUAAUUAAUCUUAAUCUGAAUGUGCCUUUAAAAUUAAAUAUGUUGAUUAAUGGCGCGUAGCUAUUAUCUGUAUUAAUGCCUUGCUGUUUUAUAGUUGAAAGAAUAUUAUUAUUUUUCUCCAAUAAUUAAUGGAAUUAUUAUUAUUAUUGUU